AAGUUGCCAUGGCAACGGCGCGGCCUGGACCCCCUCCGAGAGCCCCCGACCCUCCCUGACCUACCCCCAGGGGAGGGACCCUAUCGGGGAGGGGAAGGGACCCACGCCCCCCUCGAUCCCCCCUGACUCACCGCGAUCGGGGACCCGCUACGGCCCGACCCCGCCCCCGACCUCCCCGGUCGCCCCCAGGAGCGGGACCGACACCCUCCCGCCCGACAAUCCUCUGCCGGCGCCCCCCCUCCGCUGCCCCCACUCGCGACACACUCUUGGGGACCCCCUACUACAACCGCCCUUUGAGCUCCCCCCUCCCUCACUCUGACCCCUUCCUUUGGGGCCUCCCCUGUGACCCCUUUUUGGGGGUUGCUCCGCCCCUUUCCUCUGCCCCCCUUUAUUGUCCCCCCCACCCCCCCGGGGCAGAACCCUCUGGAGCUCCUUCCUGAGUCCUGGACUUUGCUCCUUGCCCCUUGGUGACGUGACCAGAGGAACAUUCCAUCCUGCGGAGGGAAGAGAGAGAAGCCGGGAGAGCCUGAUCCAGGAGAUCCCAGGAAAAGCUUCUCCUGGGAGCACCUAAUUCUGGGAUCACCUGGUCCCAGGAUCACCUAAUCCCAGGAGAAGCUGGUCCUGGCAGCACCUGAUCCUGGAAAAUUCCAGCUGGCAGAGGUGAGAGGAGAGGAGAAGCUCAUCCUGGGAUCCCCCAUCCUGCCACCUGCUGCCAAUCCCAGGCCCAGGGUCCCUCCGGCCCAUUUCGGGGUCUCCCUGUGUUCUCCUGCCAUGGCUGAGCCCUCUGGGGCUGGGUACAGCAUCCCAUUGGAUGAUCCCGGCCUGGACAUGGCUGCUGGGGAGGAAUUCCUGCAGGAAGUGUUCCAGAUCCUGCUGGAGGAGGGCGUGCGGAAGAGCACGGAUGUGACACAGAAGGUGUGUGACUGGAAGGAGCCGCAGGAGCUGCGGGAGCUGCUGGAUCUGGAGCUGCGGAGUGACGGGGAGGGGCGGGAGCGGCUCCUGCAGCGCUGCCGGGACGUGCUGCGCUUCAGCGUCCGCACUGGUCACCCUCGAUUCUUCAACCAGCUUUUCUCAGGGCUGGACCACCAUGCCCUGGCUGGCCGGUUCCUCACCGAGACCCUCAACACCAGCCCGUACACAUACGAAAUCGCCCCAGUGCUGGUGCUGAUGGAGGAACAGGUGCUGGCCAAGCUCCGGGAGUUUGUGGGAUGGAGCACCGGCGAUGGGAUCUUUGCUCCUGGGGGCUCUAUAUCCAACAUGUUGGCCAUGAACGUGGCGCGAUUCUGGCGUUUCCCGGAGAGCCGGAGCAGAGGGAACUGGGACCUGCCUCGCCUGGGCCUGUUUGCAUCCCAGGAGAGCCAUUACUCCAUCCUAAAAGGAGCUGCUCUCCUGGGAAUUGGCACGGACAACGUUCACCUGGUGCAAACAGACAAGAGGGGAAAGAUGAUCCCCGAAGAGCUGGAGAAGGAGAUCCAGAGGGUGAAAGCUGAGGGCUCAGAGCCCCUCUUUGUGUGUGCUACGAGUGGCACCACUGUCCUGGGCGCCUUCGACCCGCUGGACGCCAUCGCCGACGUCUGUGCCCGCCACGGGCUGUGGCUGCAUGUGGACGCAGCAUGGGGGGGCAGCGCACUCCUGUCCCCUCAACUCCGUCACCUCCUUGCCGGCAUCCACAGAGCCGACUCGGUGACCUGGAACCCCCACAAGCUGUUGAUGGUGGGAUUGCAGUGCUCAGCAUUCCUGCUCCGUGACAGCUCCGGGCUCCUGCAGCGCUGCCAUGGCGUGGGGGCCUCGUACCUGUUCCAGCGGGACAAGUUCUAUGACGUGUCCCUGGACACAGGGGACAAGAGCCCCCAGUGCGGCCGCCGUGCCGAUGGCCUCAAGCUCUGGAUCCUCUGGAAAGCAGUGGGAACCCGGGGGCUGGGACAGCGUGUGGAGCGGGCGUUCAGUGCCACUCGGUAUCUGUUUGAGCAGGUGAAGAGGAGGGAGGGAUUCCAGCUGGUGAUGGAGCCAGAAUUUAUCAACCUCUGCUUCUGGUUCAUCCCGCCCAGCCUGCGGGGCCAGGAGAGCUCCCCAGAAUUCUGGAACAAACUGGGAAAGGUGGCCCCAGCCAUCAAGGAAAAGAUGAUCCGGAGGGGCUCUAUGAUGGUGGGAUACCAACCCCAUGGAUCCCACGUCAACUUCUUCCGGCAGAUUAUCACCAAUCCUGCUGUCACCCGGCAGGACCUGGACUUCUUCCUGGAUGAGAUACAGGAAUUGGGAUGGGAUCUGUGAGCACUCCCAAAAACCCCUGUGAAAGACCCCAAAACCUUCCCCCCAUCCCUGAGGAAGAGGAGCAGAGCCUUGAUUUCCUCCUCACAUCCCAAAAUUGGAAAUGACCCCAAAAUUCCACGCUUAUGGAAUAAAAGAGCAUUUAAUGGUC